GUGAGGUGAACAUCACAUAGUUCGUAACGAACCUCAGUGACCCACACUAAGCAUCAUGAAAGCCUUCGUAGCGUGCAUAGCCCUGGCGUUGGUGGCCUGCGCAAGCGCCGAACCCCCGUCCGGAUACAAUUACAAUCGUCCUUCCGGUGGAAUUUCUGGUGGAUUCAGCGGCGGGCUUAGCGGUGGUGGUGGAUACCGUGCCGUCUCCUCCGGAUACCAAACCUCCGAGGGCCAGAACGUCGAUUCUCAACUCCUCGAACAAGUCCGCCAAAUUCUCCUUAAAGAAGAAGCCUCAUCCUCCUCCUCCUCCUUCGGCUCAGGAUUCGCUAGCGCUCCUUCCUCAUCGUACGGCGCACCAUCAUCUUCCUAUGGAGUUCCCUCAACCUCAUAUGGUGUACCCAGUGGUGGCCGUGUAGUAGGCAUCAACCUUGAAGGUAUUCGUCAAGCUAUCCAGGUUGCGCAAUACGAGCAGACGGCCGUCGGCGGUGGGUACCCAUCUGGUCCUUCUACCUCCUACGGAACCCCAUCCCAUACCCCCUCCGGCAGCUACGGUGCCCCCUACUAAGUCCCAAUACGACCAUCUGAACGCUCGCUCGUUCAUUAUUCGGGUGAACUCCUAAUAUCUCCGUUCACCUGAAUGUUUAUACCAAUGGGCUGAUGGCCACGUACAAUGUAGGUGGUGUCGCCCGGGCCCCGCCAUCCCGGCCAACGCUUGCGACUGUGCACGCUCACGGGUUACCCAGCUGUUAGCCAGUCAUUGCUGUCGACUUAUAGCCGUCAAAAUUGACAAACGCUUUUGACAAUUUUGACGGCUCACAAAGCGGCAAAAAAUGAAGUGGUUUGCAGCUGGGAACGACUCUUGUUCUGUAUAAAGUUUAUCGAUAAGUCUAGUUUAAUUUAUGAUAUAAGAUUUUGUUUUUUUUUUACAAAAAAAUAAAUACAUUUCGACACCGUAA